AAAACAAACAUGGCAGCGUCAAUGAGGUGCGUGCGUUUUCUUGGGGUUGUUCUUGGAUCUAGAUCCCCGCUUUGCUCGUCCUACAAACCUUGUCAUGCGAUGAGUAUUACGUGGUCAAGAAAGAACAGCUACGCCGUACAAUUCAAGGAAUUCGGAGAUCCAUGCAAAGUUUUGGAGCGUGUGGAAGAGGCCGUCCCCGACGCACUAGGUGCCGACGAAAUCCUGGUCAAGAUCUUAGCAGCUCCGGUAAAUCCUUCAGACAUAAACACAAUACAAGGGACCUACGGAAUCAAGCCGAGCCUUCCUGCGAAAGCAGGACUGGAAGGUGUAGGGGAAGUCGUUAAGGUUGGAUCACAUGUUAAAAAUCUGGAAACAGGAAAUUGGGUGCUUCUACCUGGUGAUUCAUGGGGGACGUGGAGGAACUUUGGAAAAGGGGACCAGAAGAGGUUUCGAAAAGUUUCUAACAAGCUAGAUAUAGUGACAGCAGCGACAAUGACAGUGAAUACACCAACGGCCUACCGCAUGCUCUACGACUUUGUGACAAUGAUGCCAGGUGACACGUUCAUCCAGAAUGGUGCCAACAGUGGUGUUGGACAAGCAGCCAUCCAGAUAGGCAAGAGUAUGGGCCUCAACUCCAUCAACAUUGUACGUGACCGCCCCAAUUUACAAGAGCUCAAGGAUAAACUAAAGUCUCUUGGAGCUGAUUAUGUGGUUACUGAAGAGGAGCUGAGGACACCUGUGAUGAAAGAAAUUUUUGCCGUUGUGCCACCUCCGAAGCUGGCUCUCAACUGCAUCGGGGGUAAGAAUGCAACUGACAUGAUGCGCCACCUAAUGAAAGGUAGCACCAUGGUCACCUAUGGUGGGAUGUCACGGCAACCCGUCAUAGUGUCAACAGCUUCUCUCAUCUUCCAAGACAUUAAAGUGGUUGGCUUUUGGAGAACACUGUGGGCCAAGGAGCAUGGUAACACCAAACUCGAUGAUGAUAUGUAUGACUACCUAACCAAGAUUUCUAUGGAAGGAAAGCUGCAGCCGCCUGCAAAUAACUUGGUUCCUUUUGAAAAUUACGAAGAUGCUGUAAGAAUGUCCAUGGAAUCCUUUGCCGGGGCCAAACAGGUCUUGGUUAUGGAUGAAAGGUUUGCAUGAGGGUUAGCUGGAGUAUGGGGUCAGAAAAAGCAUUUGACACUUAGUCUGUGUUGCCAAGGCCAAGAUGCGAGCAUCAUGUUUGUUAACGUUUGUCAAUACUUAUGUCACUGUUGUUUCUUCACAGGGCACUCUUCUUUUUUUUUUGCCGGUGAGUGGUUGUCUGCUGUUUAACAAGAAGCAAAGUAUUUAUUUUUGGUUUGCACUUUCACAGCUUUAUAUGCACAAAAACUUUGUAGUUAGCAAGUGUUAAUGAAAAAUUAAAUACAUAAUGAAGUUGCUCAGGUACUAUACUCAUUCCCACAUAUUGUGUGGAUACGUUCCAUUACAAAGUCUCGCAAACAGUAACAAUAAAAUUCAAACAGCGCUAGACGACAGGACCAGAAAGAGGAGGAGACAAACACGGCGCUGAGCUAACAACUGAUUUAUUUGAUACUUGAUUAUACGUAUAAAUAUAGACUUCUUACUUCAAAUAAAUCAGUUGUUAGUUCAGCGCCGUGUUUGUCUCCUCCUCUUUCUGGUCCUGUCGUCUAGCGCUGUAUUAAUUUUAUUGUUACCGUGGAACACCAACUCGCCCAAUCCGCUGCCCUUCGCAAACAGUGACUUUGCUUUCAUUUAGUCAUGCUAGCCUUAUAGAUGUCAAAUGCACUACUCUUGGUUCUUGUGGCAUUGAAAUCUUUUUGACUUUAAAGAUUAAAUAGCAUGUUGUUUGAGUCAGUGGCACCUACUUAAUACUUCAUGUUAUGUUUAAGGGAAACCUGUUUUUCUCAAUCUUAUAGGCAAAAAUUUUUUGUUAGUUGUAUCUAAACAUGACAUGCAUGAAAAAAUGUUUUUACUGCUUGAGUCAUAUAUAUAUAUUUCCAAAAGCAGUGCCAUGGGUUAGUAGUGUGUGAAUGAACUUGUGAAAAGUACUGUUGCAACAACUUGUAAAAAAAUCUUUUAUUUGCUGUAAAAAUAUAUCUAACAGUUGAAUGUUGGCAUUCUAAAUAUAUUGCUGUGGUUUG